GGACUGCAGGGACAGGGAGACGGACUGCAGGGGCAGGGAGACGGACUGCAGGGACAGGGAGACGGACUGCAGGGACAGGGAGACGGACUGCAGGGACAGGGAGACGGACUGCAGGGACAGGGAGACGGCCUGCAGGGAGAUGGGCUCAGAGGAGAGAAGUUCAGCCAUGUCUCACAAGAUCUCUUCCCCCUCACACAGCAACAGCAGCUCCUCCUCCAAACACGACAGCCGACAGGACAGUUGGGAGAUUGUAGAGGGGCUGCGUGGAGGACACAGUAAUGUCCAGGAGCCCCAGAAGCAGGAUGGAUACAUGCUGAAGAGGAGGAAGUGGCCGAUGAAGGGAUGGCACAAGAGAUACUUCUACUUGGACAAGGGCAUCCUGAAGUAUGCCAAGUGUGGUGCUGACAUUGAGAAGGGGAAGUUACACGGCUGUAUUGAUGUGGGUCUCUCUGUUAUGGCCAUUAAGAAGUCAGCCCAGUGCAUUGAUCUGGAUGCAGAAGAAAACAUCUAUCACCUGAAGAUCAAGUCACAGGAGCUGUUUGAUGAAUGGGUGUCUAAGCUACGCCACCAUCGGCUGUACCGUCAGAAUGAGAUUGCUAUGUACCCCCAGGAGAAGGCUUACUACUACCCCCACUUCCCCCCUCCCGGGUCCCCCGGUGUGGCUGAUAGAACGCGGCAUGUGUCUCUAGCCAGGCAGGCAUCGGUCCAUGCUGCAGGUAGCUUCCCUGUGACCUGUACCAGCCAAUCCAAGGUGGCCGCCUGGCUGCAGUCCUCAGACCACAUGAACAAGUGCUCUAAAGACAUGUCAGUGUGUGAGUCCUACCUGUUGGAACUGAACCAUCUGCUACAGAGUAUGGAGGUCAUCCACCGCACCUACUCAGCUCCAGCCAUCAACGCACUACUGCAGGCUUCUACAUUUGACACCCCCAAAAAGGAAAAAAGGCCCCCAAGGAAAUGGCGUGGUUCUAAAAACUAUGGCAAAGAUGUGAAAACAACACUGCAGGUUCCCAGUUGCAUCUCAUCUGGCUCCGUCCGUCUCCACGCCUCCAACCCCAACCUCUCUACUGCAGCCCUGGGGACUGCGAAGGCCUACCCUGAACCUCCCUAUAUGGACUCUCCUAUAGACGUAGCCAAACUACAGGAGGACUUCUGCCGCGUCGCUAACAACCUGUAUGCCACCAUGAAGUCAGCCCUGAGCGCUCUCACCUCUGAGAAGGAGAAGUUAAAACAGGUGCUGGACCACCAAGACACAUGCCCCCCUACCUCUCCAGGGAUUAUGGGUCUGAAGAACGCUCUGUCCUCGGCUAUAGCCCAGAACUCUGAACUGAGAGAGCGGCUGAGCAACAUUCACGCUGAGUCCAGCUGCGUCCCAGAACCCUCCACUGGGCUCAUAAACCUCUCUGGUCCCCUACAGAAGCAAGACUCCACCGAUGGAUCCCACCCCCUAGUUCACCAGGCGUCCAAUGAGAGCAGAGCAUCCAUCACAGAGUCUCUAUCAGAGUUCUUCGAUGCUCAGGAGGUUCUACUGUCUGCCAGCUCCUCAGAAAACGAGGCCUCUGAUGAUGACUCAUACAUCAGUGACAACGUCAGCGACAACAUCUCCAUGGACAACUUCAGCAACGAGACGGAGAGACCUAACUCGGGCUGUGAAGAGAACGGGGCCCUUCUGAGAAGACGCAGGUCGUGCCUCCCGUCGGCCAGCCCUAACACCAGUAACAUCAGUCUAUGGAACAUCCUUAAGAACAACAUAGGGAAAGACCUCUCCAAGGUGGCUAUGCCUGUUCAGCUGAACGAGCCCCUCAACACCCUGCAGAGACUGUGUGAGGAGCUGGAGUACAGCGAGCUGCUGGACAGAGCUGCUAACACACAGGACCCCUUUGAACGCAUGGUGUACAUAGCCACGUUUGCAGUGUCGGGGUACGCGUCCAGCUACCACCGAGCGGGAGGGAAGCCCUUCAACCCGGCUGGGGAGACCUAUGAGUGUGACCGCCCCGACAAGGGCCUCCGAUUUGUAGCAGAACAGGUCAGCCAUCACCCACCUAUAUCAGCAUGCCACGCUGACUCUAAAAACUACAUAUUCUGGCAAGACAUGAGGUGGAAAAACAAGUUCUGGGGGAAGUCUAUGGAAAUAGUUCCUGUGGGCACCACCCAUGUGAUGCUGCCAGGGUUUGGGGACCACUAUGAGUGGAACAAGGUCACGUCCUGCAUCCACAACAUCCUGAGUGGGCAGCGCUGGAUAGAACACUACGGAGAGAUCUCCAUCAGGAACACCAGCACUGAUAUCUGCCAGUGUAAGGUCACCUUCAUCAAGGCCAAGUACUGGAACUCAAGUGUUAACGAGGUGGAGGGCACCAUCACAGACCACAAGGGGAAGGUCAUCCACAGACUGUUUGGGAAGUGGAACGAGGGGGUGUACUGUGGAGACCCCCCCUCUGCCACCUGCAUCUGGAGAGCCAAUGCCAUGCCGGCUGACCACGAGCAGUACUACGGCUUCACUAAGUUUGCUAUGGAGCUCAAUGAGCUGGACCCUUCACUGAAACUGCUGCUGCCUCCCACAGACACCCGGCUACGGCUCGACCAGAGGCUGCUAGAGGAGGGCAACGUAGAGGCAGCAGAGGAACAGAAGCAGAAGAUAGAACAGCAGCAGAGAGACAGACGCAGAGUCCUGGAGGAAAACACCAUGACACAUCAACCCACAUUCUUCAGGAAAUCAAAGGACGACACCUGGGUUAGCAACAACACUUACUGGGACCUGAGAAGGGAUCCAGGCUUUUCCUACCUGGACUGUCCUGUGUUGUGGUGA